CCCAGGCAGGCAGGAAGGGGCCGCAUUCUCUCUUCCUUCCUCCCCGCAGAUCGGCGACCACCGCAGCCGCCCGCCCGCCCGCCCGUCUCCGGCGAAUGGCGUCCCGCCUCGCGACCCGCCUCCUCUUCCGCCGCCGCGCCGCUCUAGUAAGUUUCGUCCAGAGCUAUAGACAUGCUAGACAUUUCAGCACUCAGUUACUCGAAGGUGUUCCGAGAUUUUCAAAGCCAACAUGUGUACGCUAUCUCCUUCCAAAUGCUUCUCCUUAUCAAAUUUGGAGUAGAUCAUUUGCUUCAGAGAAUGGUGACUUGGUUGAAGCUGUUGUGCCCCACAUGGGUGAAUCUGUAACUGAUGGAACCCUUGCCAAUUUCUUAAAGAAACCUGGUGAUAGAGUUGAAGCUGAUGAGGUCAUAGCUCAGAUUGAAACCGAUAAGGUUACUAUAGAUGUUUCUAGUCCAGAAGCUGGGGUAAUUGAAAAGUUCACUGCCAGUGAAGGUGAUACUGUUACUCCAGGCACAAUAAUUGCCACGAUAUCUAAGUCUGCUGCUCCAAGUGAGACCCAUGCUGCACCAUCUAAAGAAACCUCCCAGAAGGAGACCCCUCCACCACCUCCUCCAGAGAAACCCAAGGUUGAGGAAAAAACACCAAAAGUUGAAUCUGUCAAAAAGCAGGCGUCAAAACUAGCCUCGCCAUCAGAACCUCAGCUCCCUCCAAAAGAAAGAGAGAGAAGGGUGUCAAUGCCAAGGCUCAGGAAGCGUAUUGCGAAUCGCUUGAAGGAUUCUCAGAACACUUUUGCACUGCUGACUACAUUCAAUGAAGUUGACAUGACUAAUUUGAUGAAGCUGCGUUCCGACUACAAAGAUGAGUUUGUUAAGAAGCAUGGUGUCAAAUUGGGUCUGAUGUCCUGCUUUGUUAAGGCUGCUGUUUCUGCGCUUCAAAAUCAGCCGAUUGUCAAUGCUGUUAUUGAUGGUGAUGACAUCAUCUACAGAGACUACAUUGACAUUAGUGUUGCUGUUGGCACUUCCAAGGGUCUUGUGGUGCCUGUUAUCCGCGAUACAGAAGGGAUGAACUUCGCGGACAUUGAGAAGGGGAUAAAUGGCCUUGCAAAGAAGGCAACUGAGGGGGCACUGUCUAUCGAUGAGAUGGCAGGGGGAACCUUUACCAUAUCCAAUGGGGGUGUCUAUGGAAGCCUUAUCAGCACACCUAUCAUUAAUCCGCCGCAGUCAGCAAUUCUUGGAAUGCAUUCCAUUGUUCAACGCCCUGUGGUUGUCAACGGUGACAUCCUUGCGAGACCAAUGAUGUACCUUGCACUGACAUAUGACCAUAGGUUGAUCGAUGGUAGAGAAGCUGUUCUGUUUCUGCGUCGCAUCAAGGACGUGGUUGAAGAUCCACGGAGGUUGCUCCUUGACAUAUAGUUCCAUAUAGUACUUCUGGCAUGCCAUUGUUGUUGAUUUCCGAAUAAUUGUAAACACAAUUUUGACACAUGCCGUAGUCGCUUCUCCAAAAAUUGAGAAUUCGGGUGCUGGCCUCUGAAUUUUAGAAGAAAGAUAAAAAAACUCGGGUCCUUUUUAUGAGGUGGUUAAUUUUUUGG